GAGAGAGAGUUAAAGGGCAAGCCCACGGGUCGCAGGAACUUCUCCAAACAUGAGGAGAUGAGCCGACUAAUUUCGUGUCACUCCUUGCAGUGGCUGGUACUUCUAUUCGUCCUCGCACAUUCAAGCAAGAGGAAGCUGAAUAUGAGGAAAAGGAGGAAUCUGAGCAUGAAUCUGAGAUUUCCUGGCUGAUGAGAUCAUCUGAUUUCAUGGCUGAUGAGAUUUCCACAAAGAAACCACAUUGCUUGUUUUCUCAAUCUCUUGUUCUUCUUAUCUUCUUGCUUGCUUUGGCUUCAUCUUGUCAAGGCUUGCUGCAAGCAGACAGCAGUUCAGCUGCUGUGAAGCAAAAUGUGACCAGAGUCUCAGCAGUGUUUGCUUUUGGAGACUCAACUCUGGACUCAGGAAACAACAACUACUUAGUCACACCUUACAAGAGUGAUUUCUUGCCUUAUGGUAAGGAUUUCUUUGGCCAUAAACCCACUGGCAGGUUCACCAAUGGAAGACUCCUCACUGACUUUGCAGCUUCAUAUGUUGGUCUCAAAGAGGAGGUGCCUGCUUACUUAGACCCUUCACUAAGUCUUGAUGAUCUGAUUACUGGUGUCUGCUUUGCAUCUGCUGGCUCUGGAUUUGACCCUUUAACAGCAGAAAUCAAUCAAGUAAUUCCAAUGGGUGAACAAAUAGAUUAUUUCAGAGAUUAUCUGUCAAGAAUAGAACUGCAGGUUGGGCCGGAUAGAAUGGAUAAGAUAAUGAACAAUGCCGUGUUUAUUAUAAGUGCUGGAACAAAUGAUUUUGCUGCUAAUUACAUCCCUCUUCCAAUCAGAAAGAAGAUGUUCUCAAUUGCAGAUUAUCAAAACUUUGUCCUGCAAAAUCUACAAGAAUUCCUACAGGGAAUACACAAAUUAGGAGCUAGAAAAAUGGCAGUGGUAGGACUUCCUCCAGUUGGGUGUUUGCCAGUGAUUAUCACUCUAUUUGGAUUUGGUGAUAGAAAAUGCAUUGAGGCUUUCAACUCCAUGUCCAUCAUUUACAACAAUAAGCUCAAAGAUAUCUUGCGAAAGGCCUCAACAGUGUUACAAGGGGCCCAACUCAUAUAUGUGGAUGUCUUUACUCCUUUAUAUGACUUCAUUCUCUCUCCAAACAAGUAUGGGUUUGAGGAGACCAUGGUGGGAUGUUGUGGAACAGGGAUGGUGGAGGCAGGGUUGGCAUGCAAUGCAAACUCUCUUGUUUGCAUUGAUGCAUCAAAGUAUGUAUUUUGGGAUUCAAUUCAUCCCACUGAGAAGACAUACCUCACACUCUUCAACUAUUUUAAGCCUUUAAUAGAUAACUUCUUGGAGUCAUCUAAUUAAUCUCCAAUUGCAUCACAGCAUUGAAUUGGUGCAUUUUGAUUAAUUUGGGUAUUGAGCUUAUUUUUAUUGGAGAUUGAUAAUUUCUUCAAUUUUAGUUUAGAACUCUUUAAUUGUUGGCUUGUUGGUGUUAUUUGUACUUGUGAUGUUCAGUGGAUUCAGAAGGGAAACUGAUUGAGUUUUAAGUAUUUGUUUCAUAUAAUUGAAUAAUCAUAGUG